UCAUCCUCUGCUCCCCUCGAUCGAAGUGUCUUAGUCGACCCUUGUGUACCUUAGUACCUUCGACGCCUCUCUUGUUUCGCCAUGUGUUUCGAAGAAUGCUGUGGUAACCAGCACCGAGGAUGUCCGCAUUUUGUGACCCUCUACUAUUCCGGCGAGAAGUUUGACUGCCUCUCACCGGCCUGCGCCCUCAGCUCAGCUCACGCCCACCCGGGCAACCGCAACUGUGGCUGCAAUAGGGCGUUCCGCGACAGGAGGAAAGUUCUCAAUCUCAUCCAGGAACCCUGUGAUGCCUGCAAGGAGGCCGCCCUGGCUGCCCGCGUCAGGCGUCGGUAGUGCCUUCGGGCCUCAACAACAACGCUGCUAUUUAUUCGCGCUACAAUUCUGCGCACUGCUGUCCUAGUACUCUCAAUAUGUUUCCCUUGUUGUUCUCCCUUGCUCUCCUAUAUGCACGCUGCU